UUCCAUGCCAUUUGGCUGUGCCGAUCUUAGCCGAAUUCACAUAUACCGAAAUUAACCAUAUGUGCAUCAGAAACCUUAUAAAUAGUCUGCCUAUGAAACCCUUCAAUGCGACCAUAUAAAAAACACACCAUCAAGAAAACUAAAGAACAGGUGCUUACUCCACAAUGGCCUCUUCCAACAUCUUCUUCAUCAUAGCUAUUGUUGCUUUCUUUGCAGUUCCUUCAUGUUUGGCCACCGAGUUUACUGUUGGUGAUGAGAAAGGAUGGAGUCUUGACUUUGAUUACCAAAGUUGGGCAGCUGGAAAGGAAUUUCAUGUGGGAGAUAAGCUUGUGUUCAAUUACAGAGCAGGAGUUCACAAUGUGAUUGGUGUUAGUGGAAUUGAGUUCCAACAAUGUCAAGCAUCAAGUAACAACACUGUUCGCUCCACUGGCAACGAUGUGAUCACACUUUCUACUCCAGGAAGAAAAUGGUACAUCUGUGGUGUACCCGGCCACUGUGCAGCCCGGAACAUGAAGCUUAACAUAACUGUGCUUGCUCAAGUGGGAUCUCCGGCUACCGCUCCCGGUUCACCAACGUCACCAUCUGCUGCAACACCAAAUGUGGCGUUUAGCUUUUAUGGAUGGAUUGCUGUCAUGGUUAGCUUCAUUGGGUUGGUCUUUGUUUGAGGGUUCAAUGGUCUUCUACCUUCAUAUUCCUAGGUUAAACUGUUGUUGAGUAUUCGUGUUUUUAAAUUCCCUACUUUGUUUUUUCUUUAAGAGAAUUGAUUUGUGAUCGUUUCUUUAAGGCUUAUGACAGUACUUACCAAA